AUGACAACAAAGAUCUUUUCAUAUGUUUUAUUACAUUCAUUGAUGAUGUUUGCUCUCAUCCUUUCUUCCAUGGGCUCACCAGGGAAAUAUUAUGACUGUAAGCAAGACGGAUGUAUAACCACACCACCAUGCUGGAGAAAAUGCUUGUCUAUGGGAUAUCCCAAAGGAGGGGAAUGUCGAACAUAUAGUUAUGGUGGUGUUUGUUGCUGUGAACUCAGUUCUAAGCCUCCUAACUAAUUAAUUCUUCAUUAUAUAUGUUACUCCGAAUUCAAUAUGAAUAAAAUUAAAUUCAAAUAUGUUUCUUGUUAUA